CUUCUUGUCCCUUCUCUUCGUUAGACACCAAACGGCACACCACCACCACGCCAUACCACCACCAACAUGAGCAACCUCCACCACCACGCCACUACCAUGACAAGCAAGAGAAGCAGUCUUCGCCUUCACCACCACCGUUGGGUAUCAUCCAUCAUCUGUAGCACCAACAUUCCAUCCACUACCGCCAUAAGACUGGUCAAAAUGAAGAGGAUUCGUCCUACUAUUUCAGCAAGGAAGAGGAAGGCUGACCAAAUUUCAACUUCAGAAGUUGGAGAAGUUGGAGGGAGAGGACGACGACUGAGGCAAAAGAAGGUUGUCCGAGAGGCCGAUGAGGAGGAGAAUAGGCCUGAGGCAGAGCAACAAGUGGAGGAGGAUGCUAUAGAGGCGGAGGAGGAGGCUAGACCCGAUGCACAGACAGAGGAGGAGGCCAGGACCAAUGCACACACUGAGGCGGUAGAGCCAGAGGCUGAUGCACACACUGACGGAGGAAGUACUUGA